CCACUCCCACCAUCCAAAUUCCAUCCCCAUUUUGUUUUGUUUUGCCAUCGUUCCUUCACAUCAGCCAUCUAGCGUUAGCAACGCAAGACGGAACAAUACUCAUUAUAUAGCCCAGUCCACGAGAUCAUAAUGGCCAACUACCACAGUCGGCCAAAAUUCCUCCCUUCUAUGUCGGAUCGAAGUCUAAUAAAAGUCAACUCCACACCCUAUCUAUCCGUACUGAAAAUGCAAUUUGCAGCACACAAGACGCCACCGAAGCCGAACCCUCAUGUAUGCAAAGCAAGCCGAAUGGAUUUACCGCCCAUAGAGUCGCCAAUAUGUGCGGUUCCAUCGUUUGCGUUUCUCACACCAAAAGAAAAUUAAAAGAAAAUGCGUUAAAAACCAAACCGUAAAAGUAAAGGAAAACAUAAAAUCAAAUCGAAACGCCUCUCAAUGCAACCCUCGAAUUUUUUUUUUUACCAUUUUGGGGGAUUUUUUUUUUAGUCUUGCAACCUUUUUUUUUUCUCCAACGAAGAGGAAGACGACAUAAAACAACCAGCAUACUAGUUAGAAGCGCAGUUUGGUGUUAUUCCAGCAAUCCCCGCUUUUCGAAAGGGGCAUACGUUUCUCUUUUUGUCUUCAAAGGUCGCUCGUCUUAGCUUUUCGUAUGCGGAGGGGUACUAGAUGAGGAGCCACAAUCCAGACUUGGAUCGAGAGAACUAAGAAAUUCUUUAUACUGCAUCUGGCUGGCGAGGGGGGCUUUCCUCAUCAUAUGGACUCGGCUGUGGUCUCUAACCGGCCAUAUUAGGCUCGGCCUUGAUGUCGGU